AUGCUGCUUUCGCGAGGUUCGCAACCGUCCGAUCUAGACACCUUGCCCGCCGCGAUUGCGCUGGCGCGAUCCGCCGUUGGACGAUCACUGCUGCACGGCGACGGGAGAGAAGCCAACGGAGAAACGAACGACCGAGUCCUCUUUCCGGAUAGACGCGGGUGGGACGCCGGGAAAGAGAGCGGCAGUGAAGGUGCGAACGGAGGUCAAAAGAGGGGCGCGAGAGAACAGGGAAGGGAUAACACGAGAGGGGAUGAUACGCGAGCGGGGCCAGGAGAGGAAGAAGGAGGAGAAGGAGAAGGAGAAGGAGAUGGAGAUGGAGAUGGAGAUGGAGAUGGAGGGAGAGGAGGUGGUGUGGAAGGCGCAGAGGGGUCUGCACCUGCAGCGGCCGAGAGAUUAUCGCUGGAUUCACACCAGUUGAGAGUAUCGGCUGCGAGAAGCACGUCAGGAGAUUCAGGAGCAUCAGCAAAAGCAGGUGCUGCAGGUGCUGCGGGUGCGGGAGGUGCGAGAGGUGCGGUAGGUGUGGGAGGUGCGGUGCGCGGAGCAGGCAAAGGGGCGAGGAGGGAAAAGGUGCGGCGGUUGAGGCAGUGUCUGCUGGCGGUGCAGGCGUAUUUGGGGGCGGCUGUGGAGUUCAGGGACAACGCGAUGGCGGAGCAGAGCAGGCGGGAGAUGAACCGCUGCCUGCUUCUGCUCUCCUCCUCCUCCUCCUCCUCCUCCUCCUCCUCCUCCUCCUCCUCCUCCUCCUCCUCCUCCUCCUCCUCCUCCUCCUCCUCCCCGCUUCCCCUGCCGCUUCCCCUGCCCCUUUCCCUUCCCGUCCUCAACGCCUCCGCCUCUGCGCAUGCAGCUGCGUGGAGGCGGCGGGUGGAGGAUCCGUCGUUGUACCACUACGUGGUGAUCACAGACAACGUGCUGGCAGCCAUGGUCGUUGUUAACUCCACCGCCUCGCACGCCCGCCAGCCAUGGCGACACGUCUUCCACGUGGUAACGGACCGCAGCAACCACCCGGCGUUCACAGCAUGGUUCAGCGCCAACCCGCCCGCGCGAGGGCGCAUGGCGUGGGAGGUGCUGUGCCUGGACGACUUCCCCUGGCUGCCCUCCAUCCCGCUGCUGCACCACCUGCAGCGCCCUGCCAUGAGGGACUUUUACUUCCGCCACUCGCCUGUGGCAGCCGCUGCUGCUGCCCUUGCGCCUCCUGCUGCUGCUUCUGCCACCACUGCUGCUGGUGUUGCUGAUCACGACGACGUCGUGCUGCAACAGGACGUCUCGCACCUCUGGCAGGUGCCGCGUGGCGGGGCAGUGAACCUAGCGGUGCCCACAUGUGUCGGCCGCACGUACCACCGCUUCAGCUCCUACCUCAACUUCUCACACCCGCUGCUGCAACCACGCAACAGCAGCAGCAGGAGGAGGAUUGAUGGGAACAGCCGUGGCAGCAGCAGCAGCGGAGGUGGGGAGCAGUGGGGUGCAGGUGUGGAUCCGAACGGGUGUGCGUGGGCGUUCGGGUUCAACCUGUUUGACCUCAAGGCGUGGAGGGAUGGCAGAUACACCGACAAGUACCACUUCUGGCUCGCACAGAACGAGAAUCGCACGCUGUGGCAGCUGGGGACGCUCCCAGCAGGCCUGCUCACCUUCCUCCACGCCACGCGCCCGCUCCCGCGCGCUCUCCUUGCAGCCAGCCUCGGCAGCCGCAGCACGGUUCCGCUGAGUCGAGUGCGGUCGGCAGCGGUGCUGCACUACAACGGGCACGCCAAGCCGUGGCUGGACCUGGCGUUUCCAGAGUACGCGCACCUGUGGUGGCGCUAUGUGCCACUGCACCACCCCCUGCUGCGCGCCUGCUACUUCUACCCACCGCCUCAAGCGGCGGCGGCAGCGCCGUUGCUGCCUGUGGCAGCUGCUGGUGCUGGUGGUGCUGCUGGUGCUGGUGCUACUGAUACUAGUAACGGUGGAGGUGAAGGUUGGAGCAUGCAGUAA